AUGAGCGGCCUCGAGGGGCUGGUUGAGGCCCCAGAGUCUGCACUGCUGGAGGGCUUUGGGCGCAUUGUCGCAUCAACAGCUGCGGCGCACCUUGAGGGGCUGAAGCAGCGGGGCACCGUGCGCGCUGCGCGCAGGGCCCGCAGAGCUAAGGUCGCAAGCGGAAGCCCCAGAUUUCCACCUUCUGUGGGGCGGCCAGAAGGCAUUGAGCAACUUGGGAGGAAAGCAGUGUACGGGCUUCGAGGAAGCAAGGAAGGGGGGGUAGUCCAGUACUUCUGCAAAGAACAUGACCACUCGACUGGAAGCUUCCGCAUCAACAGAGAUCGCGCAUCUUGGGUGGAGAUGUGGCGCAUAAAGGCGGAGCUUGCCAGACUCAAAGCCGAGCUGCGGGAAUUUGGGGGCGCACCAUCGAGCGCAGAGAAGGAGCGAUCCCGAACAACUCGCAACGCGCCUGGGCAAAACGCGAUGUUCUAUGAUUUGACGCCCAAAAGCAUCGCUCUCAUAGGGACCCUUUUGGCAACCGGCUGCGUGGAGUUGAAUCCCGGGCCUGUGGAGGACGAGGUGUCCGCAACCCCGGGGACCCGCAAUGGCGCGCCGCUCGUUCAUUUGUCCUCUCAUGAGAUGUUGUCUGGACCGGAACCCAGUUCCAGUGAAGGAGAGGGCGACGAAAGAUCCUCAGACGGCAGCGACCAGUAA